AUGAUAGGACUAACAGGUAAACGAAUACCAUCAUUGUCUGCUAUAUUGGAACUUACAAGUGAGGCAGUCAAACGAUUACGGGUUAAGGGAAGCGCGUCUGCUGCUUCUACAUUCACCACUAGCCAGGGUUCUUCUCAAAAAACCGCACGGAGGGCCACUGUUACUUCUUCCUUUCAUGUGGAUUCCAACAACCUGACUUCUGCUGGUUAUUCCGUAUCUUGCCCCCCAUCCUAUUGGUCACUUUUUUUCAAUGGAGAAAAAAUGGUGUCAGUUAAUUGCCUUUUGGACACUGGUAGUGGGCGUUCGUACUUGUCUGCUGAUGUACUGAGGGACUUGGGUUCAGUUGAGACUGUUGGAGUCAGUUGUCGGCUUAGACUUUUCACCCUCCUUGGUGAGUGUGACCGGAAUUUCACGGAGGUGGUUCUGGGAGUUGACCUUGGUUCUGGUGAGGCUUUGGCUUCCUCUGUUUUGGUCACUGAUGCAAUGGACUUGUCUGUACGACUGGCUCACUUGGAGACCCUGUUGGGUGCUUUUAGGGCAGCUGACUAUAAUUUGGCUGGCCAAUUUGAGGCCAGGUCAGACCUUGUGCUUAUCAAAGGGCAUUAUUGGAUUGGACCUUAUUCAUCGAUUGAUUACAUUGAAGUUGGUCCCCUGUCUGAGGGUUGGGCAUUUUCUGUUCCGUCAGGCCUGGUUUCCUUUGGAACUGUGGACUCCUUUUUUGUCAGGAGACAAGAUCCCUUGUGA